GACUCACACUCUCAUAUAUACCACACACCUACGUUGGAACAGCGCAGACGCAGAUGCGCAUGGUUUUCACGCAGUUUUGUUGAUCUCUUAUGGGUUUAUAGAGAAUAGCAAUGGAAAACACAGAAGGAACGGAAUGGCUACGGCUUAUGCUCGAGUCGCUGUCCACGGCGCCAAACCAAGCAGUGCUUUCGAACCAAGGAGCCUUCCACCCUGUCUCCACAGACAAUGAGUUCAACCCACGAAGCUCAGCGGGUCCUUCGCAUGCCGGGCGAGAGGCAAGUCUUCUAGCCCUCCUGCAAGAACAAACGAAGGCGAAAGAGCUUGAAUUGUUGGCGAAGAAGGAGGAUGUUCGCCUGAAAGAGCUCGAACUGCAAAUAUUGUUAUUGAAGAAGCAACAGGAACAAUCCCCGCGACUACCACCACCAACGCAUUCGUUCUUGUCGAGUCAGUUUUCAGACGCACAGCAUAGCCUGUUGGGGCAGAGGCAUGAGGCCGCUAUGCAAUCUGCUUUCGGAUCUACCGCUGUGAAUAUCAAUGCGGGUUCCCAUACUCUUUUGGAUGCUCAUUACGGACAUCUCAACCACGGACUCUCAGAGGCCCCUGCUAACGGAGUCGAUCGCUCGGAAGGCGUAGCUUCUUCGAGACCCGCACACCAUGGGAGCGACCAGUGGACAGGAGACCAUACGGCGACACAGGACGAUUUUGGCUUAUACAGUCCAUCUUCGCCAAUGCGGAGGCUCCUGGAUAGCGCCGACUGGCCGUCCCAUCAGACCUUUCAAGAAGCCGUAGGUGCCGAUCUACUUGAUCACAACCCAGAUCACUAUCUCGCCUUACCUGACGAGGAACCGCUGGCAUCACAUUCCGAAGUUCAGUUGCCGGUGGGCGUCGGCGAGCAACUGCCAGCGUCUCAUGUCGAAGAGCACCUACCAGUGUCUCAUGCCGGACCUCUGCCAGUGUCACACAUUACCAUGCAAGAACCGGCUCUCACAUCCUCUCCCUUGACCGAAACAUCACAAACGCCUCAAACACUAAUCUCAAUCACCAACGCCGUCAAACACGUUACCUUCAGCCCGAUCGAACCAAUAUCACGCAAACCUGCCUAUCCCGUCGCCAUCCCGCGAGGACGGACAGGCUACCCGGGGACGGCACGUCGAGUGAAGCGGCACGUCAAAGCCUCGAUCAACUGCAGGAACUGCUCCGAAGUGAUCGGAGAUUGCCUGAUACAUGGGACGGAGGACCAGCUUGCGAACUUUGAGCAGGCCAAAGCGGACUAUGCUUGUGCACCAUGCGCAGAGAAGCUUGUGUGGACCAACAAGCGCUUGCGGAAGGGACAGUUGCAAAGAAAGCGGAAAACGAACUUUGAACCCAGUAGUAUACCUGUUGCAUGCGUUGUAUGCAAGAAGUUAGUCGCUGCUGGCGCGUUCACGGUGCCGAUCGCGUCUGCAGAACCCACUGAAUCAACAAGCGAAAAACAAAGUGAUCCGCCACAAUCUCGAUUACCAGAAUGGGGUGUGGAGCUCCUCUGUGCAGGUUGCCGACACAAAUACAUGCGCUGCUCAAAUUGCGGUGGCGGAGGCGCAUACCUAACCGGAAAGUGGAGGCCAGCCCAACUCUUUGCGGGCAAUCGCGCCACCUGCACACUUCCGCACACCAGAUACUCCGGGACGGCAAUGUCUUCAGGGGUCUGGGUCAUGCCCCAUCCUCAGUUCCCAUGCCCUGUGGGUCACGCGGAGCUCCUGGAAGCAGAACCCGUACCGAUCGCGGCGAUUUGGAAGAGUCUCGAGAUAUUCAUCACUUGGUUUACGUUUGCGUCGCUGGGGAGGCCGAAAUUUAUGGAGUACAAUAAGGCGCUCGAGAGUUGGGACUUGCUGCACGCGGCGAGCCAGAAGUUCAUCGUGCAUGCUCAGCAGGAGCUGAAAGGCGAGGGCUUCAAGAGCCGAGCGCCUUUUACAACUCUUCAUCGAGGAGAUCCCUGUCUGACCCGUUCGUACCUCGGCAUGAUCUGGACCGAUGAGGAGAAGAAAGGGGAUCGGGCCGGAAACGCGGGAGAGGAUCCACGACUUGUUUGGCGAAAGGCUGUCGAGAAUCCGGCGACGAAAACGUGGAAAAAUCUCCCGCGCACUCUGGGAGCGUGCAACAUUGAUUGGGAAGUGAGCAACGGGUUGAUCCACGUCAACAUGAUGGUUCGUGCGUCGAAAAGGAUCUUAUCACCGCUCUACGCCAUCAUCUGCCGAAUCAAAGAAGACCACGAAGCCUUAGUGGCCAAAGCCGUCUCCGAGAGUCUCACAUCCCCCGUACCCCCGAAAUACAUUUUAUUCGGAGAAACGAUCUUCGCCAACGAAGACUCCACCGAAAACGACUCUCCAACGCCCACCGCAGGCGCCCCUCCCAAGAAACCUCCCGCCCGCCGCCUCCGCCGCGGACAUAACAGGUCCGACCACCCGUUCUUCUCCUUCCUCCGACCACUCGCAGACGUGCCCGAUUGCGGAUGGACCCUGGAGCUCGAAGAAGCGGCCAACGAGGCGGCGGGUAUCGAUUCUGUGUUGGGCACUCAGGCGUUCGUGGGUGAUUUUGACGCGAUUUUGGAGGUUGCGAGAGGGUUGACGGGGUUUGCGGAUGAUGAGAAUGAGGAUGAGGAGGAUAAUUCGGAUGAGGAGGUUAGACCCAGGGAGGGAACGAGGAAGCGGGGGCGGAGUCUGGGAACGAGGUUGAAAAUUUGAUCGUUCUUCCUCUGCGAAUGAGUGGGAAGGUGAAGGGAAGGGAUCAUUGGGUUGCUUGGGAUGUUGCUCGAGGUGCACGAUUUUGGGAGAGUACUGUUGCGGUGCAUUUUGUGUGGUUAAUGGCGUCCAUA